AUGGACGUGGGGAAGGACCAAUCUCAUCUGAAGCUCCGCCAGACUCCUGAAGCUCAUCCACAGAAGUCGUAUGCUCCAGACAUCAUUGGAGCUUGGAGUCUGAGAAACAGGGAACAACUGAGGAAGAGAAAAGCUGAGGCCCAGGGGAGGCAGAUGUCACAAUGGCUCCUUGGAGAACAGAAAAAACGCAAGUAUCAAAGAACAGGAAAAGGAAAUCAAAGAGGCGGAAAGAGACAAGGGAACGUGGAGCAAAAGGCAGAGCCUUGGUCCCAAACAGAAAGGGAAAGGGUGCAGGAGGUAUUGGUACCUGCCGAGGAAGAAACCGAACACCCUGGAAACCCUGCAGCUGAGGCCCUCCCCUUGGUAGCAUCCCCCACAAAAGCUGUGUCUGCAGAACACUGUUCUGAAGUACACCAAGAAAGCAUCCAGUGCCAAGAAAUAGCAAUACAGAACCAUUCUCAGACACACCAACAUAGGGCCAAAGCUGAAGACCUCUCUCCUACCACGAGCCAAGAAAUAGCAGCACUUCAACAUUCUCCUAAAAUGUGCCAUGAUAUGGCCGAACCUGAGGCUCUCUCUCCUAAAAUGUACCAGGAGACAGCUGUGCCCCAAACCUAUUCCCCCAAAGCACAUGAAGAGAUGGCUGAACCUGAGGCGCUCUCGUCUAAAAUGUGCCAGAAAACAACUGUGUCCCAAAACCAUCCUUCCAAAGUACCCCAAGAUAUGGCUGGACCCGAGGCGUUUGCUCCUAAAAUGUGCCAGGAAACACCUGUGCUUCAAGAACAUACUUUGAGAAUGUGCCAAGAUGUGGCCAGACCUAAAGUCCUCUCUCCUAAAACACAUCAAGAGAUGACUGUUCCCAAAGCCCUUCCCUGUAUAACACCUGGUGCUGCUGCUGGCCCAGAAGGAUGCCCCCUAGAAGCACUCCCCCAAUCAGAUUUCCCUGAAGGCUGUCCACUUGACACAACCCCCACAUCAGUCACACCAGAAAAAACCACUUCCCGCCCAGAUCUGGGAAUGGCUGUGACUGAAGGCUUCUUUUCUGAAGCCCGAGAAUGCACUGUAUCUAAAGACACUUCUCCAAAAACACACCAAAAAGUAGUUAAACCUGAAUUCAUUUCUCAGGAGACUUAUAAAGAAUUCACUGUGCCUAUAGUCUCCUCUUAUAAAACAAUCCAAGAAUCACCUGGGCCUGAAGAAUAUUCACCUGAAACAUGUCAACCAACACCUGGGCCUGAGAACUAUUCACUGGAAACCGGCCAUGAAAUGUCAGGACCUGAAGACCUCUCUAUCAAGGCCUGUAUGAACAGGGAUGGGCCUAAACACAGCCUUCCAGAAGGAGCCCAGGAAGUAGGUGGGGCCCAAGGGCAGGACCCUGAUGAAGAGGAUAGUGAGGACGCUGGUGCUUUCUCUCAAGAAUUUGCAGAAAUGGAGGAAGAAAAUGAAGCAGAUCAAGAUCCAGAAGCUCCAGGGAGUCCACAGUGUCCUCAAGAGAUUGGUCCAGAAAAUGACAUCUACACCUCGCUCUAUUUCAACAAUGCUCAGUGA